UAGUGCUCAUCUUGCAUGUCAGACGAAACGUAAAGAUGUGGCGCACUUUGUUUUACACUGCUGUGAUCGGGUGCACUGAUUUUGUCGCAUCAACCGUAAUGGCAGACCUUAGAUCGAAUGUGGAGUAUGGGCCUUGUGGCCAUGACGUGAUUUUUUACAAUCCAGCUCAAAAUGAGUAUUAUCACAGAAAUUGGAGGCAAGAAGUACUUCAUCCGAAUGGGCACAGCCGUCAAAGCUUACAGGCUAUAUUGUCUAGUCCCGCCGUUGCAUUCUUGCAAUUUGGAGUGCUCCUAAUUUUAGGGGGAGCAUCCUUAGUCACAAGCAUAGAAGCCGCUACCAAUGAUCGCGAUUUGAGCACAUUGCGCUCGCAUUUCAGUAUUGUUUGCGACGCAGUGCGGGUGGCUGGAGCCGUUGAUGGAGACGUUAGUCCGACACCAGCUCCAAUUACUACAACUCAGGCGCCGCAAAUUCCUGAUCCAGCAUGACCAAUAGCCCUUAUGAGGAUCAACGCAAUCAUUGACGCCUUGAAGAUGGUGGACGCAUCGACAUGCGUUUUCUAACGUGGAGCAACUCAAUGGAGAAAUAUCUUGCUACUUGUUUAUGAAUAUAUUUCUGCGUAAGUUGCAAUUUUUAAGAGUGUGUCGUCUCUCUUUAAUAAAUUUAGUUUUGAGUAGAGAGCAAAAUAAUACUUCAUUUUUGAUAGUACUUUGUUGUCAAAGGAAUGGUAUAUUUUUUUUAAAAGGCAUU